UGUCUUCUACCUUCGCAAUGUCGUCUUCCUCCCCCAGCUCUCCAACUUCGACGGGAAAUGCAGAUUCGGAACAGGCGUACGGAGAUACGAAGAAAUUGCUCGAGCUUGCAGUCAGAAUCUUGAGAUCAGACCCUGAAGUGGAAAGACACUGUAACAUGUAUUUGUUUAAACUGCUGGAGACGUUCCUAAAUACAUCUCUCGCGCAGUUGGCUUUUGAUGAAGAAUGCUACAAACUCAAGCAUGAUUUAGAUAUGGCGAAGCUGAAUUCGUUGAAGAAUCUUCUUGGAGUAACAUUUGACUACUCUUCCUCAAAUUUUGAGCAAACUUUCAAAAAUCUUAAGGUCAAGUAUUGCUAUACGCGCCUAUUCCCUCUCAAGGAGUCCGAGAAUUUCGACGUGAAGGCAACAAGUAGCAGUGCGUCGAAUAAUGUAACAAGAAGCAGUGCAUCGAAGAAGAAAACAUCGGCGGCAAGCAGUGCAACAUCAAAGGAAACAGUACUUAAAGCCGGUCGGUUAUUUCGUGCAAUGCUCGCAACAAAGCGUAAUCCGAAAGGUGAAUUUAAUUGGCGUGCAAUCGAAAAGCAGCACACCCAAUUUAUAGUUGAUGCAAGAUUGCCGGAGAAUUUGAAGUACCCACCUCACAAAUUGAGGGGUACGUGGGCCAAUUAUGCAAGCCGUGGUGGUGCUGGUCGUGUUCCUCCAUCACUCAAGCAUGAAUACAUAGAGUUAAUGCAAGGAAAAUCUGGUUCUGCUUUUGCGUCUCGUCGAAAGAAGUUAGCUUUAAGAAGAAGUUCAAGUGAACCAGCUCCUUUUAUAUCAGCGAAAGGUGAUGCGACCUGCACCUUGGCAUCUUUCGAAGAUUUGGGGAGAUACUAUCAACUUGCCACUCAUGCAGUCCACAAAGGACGAGUCAGAUCAAUAGAUAUCGAGUAUUCCAAGGACAUUAUUGCCACCGGAGGAGAUGAUUGUACCGCCGUACUGUUUGAUUACUCUUCAAGAAAGGUCCGGUCAACACUUACUGGUCACUCAAAAAAGGUUACUACUGUCAAAUUUGCGGUUGAUGGUGAGGUGUUCUUGACGGGAUCGGCUGAUAAGACGAUUCGUGUAUGGGAGCGAACUGAAGAUGAGAGCUAUGUUUACAGACACACUUUUAAGAAUCAUAUGGAUGAGGUUCGAGCUAUCACUGUCAAUGCCGAAUAUUUUGUGUCUGCUUCUCUUGAUGCUACAUGGUGGCUCUACGAUCUCUACGGCGACGAUUCCGGGCCAAAGGUUAAUACUACAGGUAGAGACGGUUCUUGGAUUGGUGCAGGGUACACGGCUGCUGCCUUCCAUCCUGAAGGUACCGUUCUUGGAUUGGGCACUUGUGGAGGUAUUGUCAAAAUUUGGGAUGUCCGAAAACAGGACCCAGUUGCCGAACUUGGUGGGCAUGUCGAGGCAGUUACUGCCAUGUCUUUCUCUGAAACUCAUGCCUUCCUUGCUACUGCUGCAGAAGAUGGCGUUAAGCUUUGGGAUUGCCGCACAUGGGAGCAACUCUGUAUCCCCGAUUUUAUUGAUGCAGAUACACCAGCUAGCUCCGUGACAUUCGGCCACAGUUGCCCUUACUUAGGAGUUGCAACAAGCUCUGGCAUAAGAGUUUCAAACCCGACAGAAGAUUGGAACUGCAUCAAAACUCGUACCGUUUUAUCUGAUACAGGGAGAGUAUCAUGUGUGGGAUUUGGUCAAUAUGCGAAAUACCUUGCCGUGGGAUCAAUGGACGGCGAGCUGCUUUUGUUUGAGGAAGCAAGGCCAGAGUGUUUGGAAACAACUGGUGUGAGAGGGUAGCCAGCCAGUCCUUUUGGCUCUCAACGAGCAGCAUGACCUUUUUCCUUUCACUGGCGUCUGAGGAAUUUUUUAGUAUGGGAGGAAUGGAGCAGAUGGUGGAAUCUAAAGUGUUCCAGUAGCAGGUGUAUAUGUUCGUUAGCCUUCUGAAUUUGUGGAUGAUGAUAUUCUGUUCUAUGCUGUGUUCUUUUUUUUUUUUGGCGAAGAUAUUCCGAAUCGGAACGAUAGUAGAUUAUAAAAUGAGUUAUCGAUAAGAGAGUUUUUUAUGCCAUGAAAUGGACAGCUCUUUAGCACCUGAAUGACAAUAAUGUCAUAAUUCUUGUUGAAAUGAAUC